AUGCUAUCCACGAAAAGAGACGACCCAAGAGAUGUACCACAGCAGCAGAAGCAGCAGCAGCAGCAAGACCCUUCUCCGGACCCAUCCUCAUUCCCAGAUCUUUCCACCCUCCCCAUAAUUGGCCGCGACUACUUCAAAACCUCAUCAAAGCCAAUCUACGAAGGGGCCAAUGGGAUAAUCUUUAAGGGUACAGAUUGCAACCACACAAAACCAGUAGUUUUGAAACGCAUCAAACAGAAACCGGAAGAAGAGCACCAACAGUAUCUAGAUCUUGUGUGGAGGGAAUAUACCAAUGUGAAAGCCGUAAGCUCCUGUCGCAACAUCAUCCCGGUAUUGGAUCUUGCUUCUAUUUCGAGUGGGAGUCGAGAGGAAAAGCAGAAACUGGAGCAGCCUCAGAAACAUUUCCAGUUGGAGAAUGAAGUAUCACUAAUCUUACCGUACUACCCCCGUGGCGACCUACUCGAUUUCCUUUCCAAAGCCAGGCGAUUCCAAGUUGAAAUCUCCAGCAAUUUGCGCGACUCCCUAUUCAAGCAAAUCGUCCGUGGAGUUCAGUUCCUUCACAACCACAACAUUGUUCAUCGUGAUUUGAAGCCGGAAAAUAUCUUGAUUGAUGACGAUGGCGUGCUCAAGAUUAGUGAUUUCGGAUACAGUUUCAAUCUUCGUGACCCACAAGCCAUCACCGCAAGUUUCAAACAGACUCCGCAUUUUCUCAUUUCCGGUACCCCCAGUUUCAAAGCUCCUGAAUUGUUUGAUAUCGAGGUGCAAUUGCAACUGGGUGAAUUCAGUAUCAACCAGUAUUGUGUGUCAUCGCACGAUUAUCAGAAUUUGAAAUUGGUUGAUUUGUGGAGUUUGGGGAUAUGUUAUUUCGUCAUCUACUUGAUGAAGUCACCGUGGGGCUUGGCAAAUUCACAGGAUCCGAAAAAUGUGGUGUUUCUUAAAUAUGUUGAGAGCUAUCCGCACAGUGCAAACCAAAUGAAAGCAUUGUUGACGGAGUUGAAUCGGCUUGGAAGUGGUGCCAACCCUAGUGGUGCCAAUACCUCCCCCAGCCAACGGCCUCAAAUAUCCACCCUCUCCAACCAACACCAACAUCAAUCACCUCACAGCAACAACAAUGCCACAAACCGAAACCGAAGCCGAAGCCAAAGUCGAAGUCAAAGCCGAAGCACCAACCACUCCCACUCCCAAAUCAACCUAUCUCAACUCAACCUCCACUCACAGCACCAUCACGCAAACGAGUCUUCCUCCACCUCUUCCUUGGCUUCGUCUCCCCCCUCAAGUGCCGGCUCACCAUCUAGCUCCAACUCCGCAAUCCACUUGUUCAAGAGUCUCCACUACGAUUCUCGAGAGUACAUUUUAAAACUCUUGAAUCCUCAAGCGUCAGCGAGAAUCAGCACCGAAGAGUUAUUGGAAAGUAAAUGGUUGAGUCAGGUUUAUGCCAAUUCCAAAGAUUUGAUCAAGUUGAUGAAAUAG